CGCUAAUUUAAGCACCUCGGACGGCAACGGCGUAGCAGAUGAUUAGUCGCGCUCUGUGAGUACGGAUCAAUAGACGCGUCGUAAAAGUUCCAACAACAAACCUCUGUGCUGGAGCUAUGAAAAAGGCCAUCGUAUUUAUCUUGAUUUUGUUCUUUUUAAUGUACUCUGUUAUCCAGUCCCGUCGUGUAGAAGACAGGUGGCUGGACGAAUUUCCUGUUAAAACAAUUGAUAGCGAGCAAGAAAAGGAACUGCUUGGUGCUCUUCAGGAGGUUCUAGAGAAACUUCAGCACAGAAGACUAUCAACAUGGGACAAGAAGUUUAGUCGAGUUCCUAGGUGUGCGAUUGGAGACUACUGCUCAGUGAAGAAGGGAGCCCGCUUUGGGAAACUCUGUGACUGCCCGCAGGAAGCCUCUUGCAAUUUCUUUUUCCUGAAAUGCUUGUGAACAGACUGCUUCUGUCUCUGCUGGCCUGGGCACUGUAUAUACACAAUAUGAUAACUGUACAGAAAUCUUUAUUCUAAGAUACAAAUGUUUGUUGAAAAAAUAAUUUAUUUUUGUGAUCAUAAUGACCUUUCCUUUUAUACCUAGAAAAUGUACAAUUGCAAUUCAUUAUGUCACAUUUGAGAAAUGCAGAGGGGUGCGGGCUUCAAGCACUGCUUGUUAGAUAUGGCGUAGUCCUAAACAUCACAGAUCCAUCAGCUUGGAUUUACCAUUAAAUCACUGCAGUUAGGACUAAAACCUUCAGUUGUGUAUUUUCUUGUUCUGUAUAAUAAAUGGUCAAAUUUCAAAAUAAAAA